AAUUUUACACGGGGGUUUGACGGCGCCCCGGGCCCUGAACAAAAUGGCGCCGCUGCGAAGCAGAAGGGAGGCCGCCCGACACGCGCCGCGCCUCGCGGGCACAAAAUGGCGGCUACUGCGGGAUGUCUCGCGAGAUUUCCUACCCGCGCCUCCGAGCAAUCUCGCGAGUUUUGGUCCCGCUCCCCCCCCCGGCCGCGAAGCCUCGCGAUAUUUGGAGCUUUCCCUGUCGCGAGAUCCCGGCGCGGUGUCAGAGCGGUGGCGAUGGCGGCGGCGCUGAGGGCGGUGCGGCGGCUCCGGGCCUUUCCCGCGAUUGGGCCGCGCCCGGCCUGGCUGUCCCAUGAUGCCGAGCGGCGCCACCUGCAGCCCCCCCCCCCAGCCAAAUAUGGCGGCCGCCACACUGUGACGCUGAUCCCCGGGGAUGGCAUCGGGCCGGAGCUGAUGCUGCACGUCAAGGAGGUGUUCAGGCACGCCUGCGUCCCCGUGGACUUUGAGGAGGUGAAGGUGAGCGCGGAGGCACCAGAGGACGACGUGCACAACGCCAUCAUGGCCAUCCGGCGCAAUGGGGUGGCACUCAAAGGUAACAUUGAGACCAACCACAACCUCCCUCCCAGCCACAAAUCCCGCAAUAAUCUCAUCCGGACCAGCCUGGAUCUCUACGCCAACGUCAUCCACUGCCAGAGCCUGCCUGGGGUGGAGACCCGGCACCGCGACAUCGACAUCCUCAUCGUCAGGGAGAACACGGAGGGGGAGUACAGCAGCCUGGAGCACGAGAGCGUGGCGGGGGUGGUGGAGAGCCUGAAGAUCAUCACGGCCGGCCGCUCGCGCCGCAUCGCCCACUACGCCUUCGGGCUGGCGCGGAGCGCGGGGCGGCGCUGCGUCACCGCUGUGCACAAAGCCAACAUCAUGUGGGUCCUGGGGGGUCCUGGGGGCUCCUGGGGGGGGUCCUGGGGACACAAAUCAUUCGACGUCAUGGUGAUGCCCAACCUUUACGGGAACAUCGUCAACAACGUCUGCGCCGGGCUGGUGGGCGGCCCAGGUUUGGUGCCGGGAGCCAAUUAUGGCCACGAUUACGCCGUGUUUGAGACCGCGACCAGGAACACGGGGAAGAGCAUCGCCAACAGGAACAUCGCCAACCCCACGGCCGCGCUGCUGGCCGCCUGCAUGAUGCUGGAUCACCUGCGGCUGCACAACCACGCCUCCACAAUCCGCCAGGCCGUUCUCGCCUCAUUGGAUGAUCCCAGGACGCACACCCCGGACAUCGGCGGGCAGGGAACGACUUCCGGCGCCGUGCAGAGCAUCCUCAGCCACCUGCCCCACGCCUAAUAUGGGCAUGUGGGCGGGGCCAGACCGGGUAGGCGUGGCCCGCCCCGUGUGGGCGUGGCGUGGCCCGCCCACGUGACAACCGUGGGCGGGGCUGAAACGGCGAGUGUGGAGCCAGAGCCCUUGUGGGCGGGGCCUGAACCGUGUGGGCGUGGCUUGCUUCUGUGGGCGGGGCCAGCAGAAGGUGUGGCAGCGAAGCCACGCGUGCCCAAUUAAAAUAAAUCAUCGUCGUCUCCA